AUGUUGAUUGCCAUACCACCUCUUCACAAGCAAACCAAUGUCCCAGUUGUUAGGAUUAUACAAAAACGGAUCGCCAUGCAGCAUGCGAGACACACACAGUGCCGCGUCCCUCGGUACUGGUGCCACACCCAGCCGAGCACUCCCCCCCUGAUUGGAAUCCCUAAUCCGCCCCCCUGGCAACUCAGCCCCCUGAUUGGAAUCCCUAAUCCGCCCACCCUGGCAACUCAGCCCCCUGAUUGGAAUCCCUCAUCGACCUCCCCUGCCCCUGAUUGGAAUUCCUCAUCGACCUCCCCUGCGCCCUUGAUUGAAUCCUUAUCAACCUCGCCUGCAUCUCAGCCCCCGAUUGAAUCCCUAAUCCGCCCCGCCUGCCCCCGAUUUGGAAUCCCUAAUCGACCUCGCCUGGCAACUCAGCCCCUGAUUGGAAUCCCUAAUCGACCUCGCCUGGCAACUCAGCCCCUGAUUGGAAUCCCUCAUCGACCUCGCCUGGCAACUCAGCCCCUGAUUGGAAUCCCUAAUCGACCUCGCCUGCCCCUGAUUGGAAUCCCUAAUCGACCUCGCCUGGCAACUCAGCCCCUGAUUGGAAUCCCUAAUCGACCUCGCCUGGCAACUCAGCCCCUGAUUGGAAUCCCUAAUCGACCUCGCCUGGCAACUCAGCCCCUGAUUGGAAUCCUAAUCCGCCCUCGCCUGCCCCCGAUUGGAAUCCCUAAUCCGCCCCGCCUGGCAACUCAGCCCCCGAUUGGAAUCGCUAAUCGACCUCGCCUGGCAACUCAGCCCCCUGAUUGGAAUCCCCAAUCGACCUCGCCUGGCAACUCAGCCCCCGAUUGGAAUCGCCGCCCAAUCCCCAGUGAGCCUCAGCCUCCGCGCCCUCAGGUGCCGAGAUUAAAAAGAGAUCGGCUCGGGAACAUGGGCUGGCCGCCCGCCAAAGCAGGUUAUGGCGCGAGAGAUUCCGUGGACGCGCGACUCUUCUCGGGCCGCGUUCACCAGGCGCAGCCAAGCUCUGUGUUCACGCAGCUGCCAGACUGGAGUGAAGAGACUAUUGCAUUACCAAUAUCAGUAUGA